AUGCAGCGGGAGGGGCCUGAUACCCCACCAGAAGGAGGAGACAGCCAGAGGGACUGCAGAGGCAUCGGCUUGCGAGCAGAUAGAAUUGAAGAGACACUUGCUGCAGAAGCAGCAGCAUUUCAGCGGCGGCAGCAGCUGCUGCUGCAGCAGCAGCAGCAGCGCCAGAAGAACAAUGAGGCCCUGGCGAGGCGGCUCUUUACGGUAUUCACUGCAGAUGCUGCUGCUAAUGCUGCUGCUGCUACUGGAGGAAGCGCAGAGGUUUACAGCAGCAGCAACGCGAGUUCUGCUGCAGCGGCGUCUGCUGCUGCAGCUGCAGCAGCACCAGCAGCAGCACCAGCACCAUCGGACGCAGAUGCUGCUGCGGAGGCUGCAGCAGCAGCAGCAGUUUCAGCAGCAAACUCCUGUCUCCAAGCUAGAGCUGCUUUAGGGGCCCUCUGGCACUCUCACCACAACACCAGAUUGUCUCUGCUGCAGCGGCAGCUGCGGGCUGCUCGACAGGAAGCAGCUGCAGCAGCAGCAGCUGCUGCAACAGCAGCAGCAGCAGCAGCAGCAGCAGAUGCAGCAGCAGCGCAGCAGCCUGAAGGGGCGCCGACGGCCUCAAUAGGAGCCACGCGGACGGCAGCAGCAGCAACAGCGGGAGCAGCAGCAGCAGCAGCACCAGCAGCAGCAGCAACGGAUGCUGCAGCAGACAGCCUGCAGCAGAUCCUUCUCCGCUCUGUACGUGAACUUAAUACUUUUUAUUUGUCUCUCUAUGGGAGCUUUCUUUGGCGCUUCUUGCAGCAGACUCUGAAAGAGGCGAAGCAGCUACGCGCAGCAGGCUGCGGUGCUGCAGCACCUGCUGUGGGGCUUGCUGCUGCUGCUGCUGCUGCUGUUGCUGCAGCAGCAGCAGCAGCACCACGCCCCAACGCUACCUCCCUAGCCUCCAGGGAUGCAGCAGCAGAGACAACGGAUGCCGCCACUUCAGCUGCUGCUGCAGCACCAGCAGCGCGCGCUGAAGACUCUGCAGCAGCGGCAGCGGCAGCAGCAGCAGCAGCAGCAGCAACAACAGGAACAGGAGCGGGCACCGUGUGGGGCGCAGCAGAGGAGUCCCUGCUGCAGGCUGAUGCUGCUCUUGCUGCAUGCGAAGGAGACACAAAAGAGAGCCGCUGUUGCCGUCUCUGCUUCCGUCAUAUGCUGGCGCAGAUUAAAGUUAUAUUAGCGGACCUUGCUGUCUACAGGGCCCGUAUAGAGGGCAAUGUUGUGCCAGCUUGUUUGGUAGGCGAGAAGGAACAGCAGGUGCAGCAGCAGGAACAGCUGCUGCUGCUGUUACGGGGGCAGCAGCAGCAGAGCUGCAGCAGCGACCCGCUGCAGCAAAGCUGCUUAUUGUAUGCAGACGCGCUGCGGCUGUUUCCUCUUGAUGCUGCUUGCAGCACUCAGCUGCAAGUGAUGUACUGCCGGGUGUAUGGAGAGCUUCGGUGGCAGCUGCAGCAGCAGGUGCAGCAGCAGCUGCAGCACCUGCCUCCCACACGUAGACAACUCCCUCCAGAACUUGCAGCGAGCUCAGCUGCUGUUGAUGCUUCUGCUGCAGUCUCUGCUGCUGCAGCUAUCUACUGGGCCUUGCGUGCUGCUGUAAGUCCGUUUGCUGCAGGCAACCAAGACGAGUUGACGCUGCUGCUGCAGCGGUUGAGCUCUGUAGGAAUUGGGCCUCCUGCGUCAGUGCAGCAUCAGCAGCAGCAGCAGCAGCAACAGCAGCAGCAGCAGCACAUGGCUGCGAUAUUGCGACGGAUGGGCGGAAUGCAGCAGAAGCGGCAAUUGCUGCAGCAGCAGCAGGCGGUGCAGCAGGUGCAGCUUGAGCAGCAGCAGCAGCAGCAGCGGCAGCAUUACUUACAGAUGCAACGGUGGAGUGCAUUGCUGCGGGAUUUCUCGCGUCUCCAGCUGUCUAUACACCUGGCAAUAGAUGUAGAUGACCUACCUGCAGCAAUUGCUGCUUUUGCUGCUGAGUUUGCUGCUGCGCUUUCUUGGAGAGCAGUGGGGGCAGUUGAGGCCCCUUUGCUGCUGCUGCUGCUGCUUGCUGCUGCUGCUGGAUACCUAAAAGCUUCAGACGCCACUACAAAACUGCAGCGAUGCACAGAGGCCGCGCUGCACUCAGUAAGGAAGCUGCGGCAGCAGCAGCAGGAGCUGCAGCAGCAGCAGGAUCAGCAGCGGCAGCAGCACCAAAGGAAGCAGCUGCAACAGCUGCAGCAGAUCAAGAACCACACCAAACUAUGGGAACUGCAGCAGCAGCAGCACCACCAGCUGCAGCAGCAGCAGCAGCAGCAAAACGAUACAGCCACAGCACAGUGGGAGCAGCUCACGCUUGAGCUGUACGAGCGCGUCUCUGACAGCUUGCUGCAGAUGGUGCAGCAGCAGCAGCAGCAAGAACAGCAGCAGCAGCAGCAACAACAACAGCAGCCGGAGCUGCUGAAGCUGCGCUCGCUGCAGCACGGAACACCCCAGAUGCAGGCAGCCUUAGAGCUCUGCUGCAGCAUUUGUACAGCAUUAGCAGCAGCAGCACGGAGAGCGUUGCUGCCCUUAAGAGCAGCAGGAGCAGCAGCUGCUGCUGCUCAGGUGUCUUGGGACUCCGACUUUGAAUCACCAGCCUUUGGCAACAGCAGCAGCUGCAGCAGCAACAGCAGCAGCAGCAACAGCAACAGCAACAGCAGCAACAGCAGCAGCAGCAGCAGUGGCAGCCAGAGCGUCUGGGGCAGCUGGCUAAGUGGAGAUGCUGAGCCUUCAGUUGUUGCUGGUGUCUCUGCCCUGCUGUCUCCUCUGCAGGCUUUCUUGCUGCUGCUGCACUCCUUUCCCCACCUGCAGCGUGUGAAUAGCAGCUGUGUCUCUUCGCUGCGGGAGGCUGCUGCUGCUUUGGUGCCGCUGCUGCUGAACUGCUCGGGUGUAUUUGCUGCUGCAGCAGCUCGCCAGCAGCAGCAGCAGCAGGAAGAGGAGGAGGACGCGAAGACACAGCAGCAGUCCCGGCGGCAGCGGCAACGGCAACGGCAACGGCAGCAGCAGCAGCAGCAACAGCAGCAGCAGCAGCAGCGGAGGCAGCAAGAAGCUAUUAUAAGAGAUAACGAUGAAAUAGGGCAGCUGCAAAAUGCGCUUCAGCUGUCUCUACCAGAAGACAGUCUCCUUCUGGGUCUCCUUAAGCUGCCGGUGGCAUUACCGCAGCAAACGUUGCUGCUGCAGCAGGAGCAGCAGCAGGAGCAGCAGCAGGAGCAGCAGCAGGAGCAGCAGGACGAAGAGGAGCAGGAGUGGGAGGAGCAGCAAGGGGGGUGGGCAGCAGCAAGCGCACCUGCAGCAGCAGGUGGACCAGCAGCAGCAGCAGAAGCAGCAGGAGCAGCAGCAGAGUUAUCGCACCCAGCUUCCGCUGCAGCAAGUGAAGAUGCAGCGGCAGCAGCAGCAGAUGCAGAUGCAGCAGCAGAUGCAGCAGAUGAAGACGAGCUGCUGCUGCUGAAGGCUCCCCUUCGUGUUUGCUCUGCUCAUAGUGCUCCGUAUGAUGGGCAGCAGGGUGGCUUCUCUUCGGGGCCCUCGGGUCCUGCUGCUGCUGCUGCUCCUGCUGCUGCUGCUCCUGCAGCAGCAGCAGCAGCAGCAGCAGUGUCUGCCCCCGGUGAGUUGGAGAGACAAAGCGAGUCAGCAGCAGCAGAAGAUAACGAGCAAGACAACGAAACCGAAAGAAGCAUCAAGCAACUUCGUAUAAGCCUAGGGGGAAUUGCUGCAAGCGCUAAACCUGCAGCAGCAGCAGCAGCAGCAGCAGCAGCAGCAGGAGUAGCAGCAGCAGGAGCAACGGGAGCAGCAGAAGAUCUGUGGGCGAAUUCAUCGUUUGCUGCUGCUCGUGCGGCGCGUUUGGUGCUGCUGCUGCUGGAGAGUAAGGAGUUGCAGACAGUGCUGCAGCGGGAGCAGCAGCAGCAACAGCAGCAGCAGCAGCACGCUGCAGAGGAAGCAGCGCGUUUGCAAGAAGCCCGCGAAGCAGCAAACUACCAGCAAGUAGUAGCAGGGGCAGAUGCUGUACAGAAGAUGUAUUUAGAGAUAGAAGCAGCAGAAGUGCAGCGGCAGCAGCAGCAACGUUUGCAGCACUUGCAGCUAGAAGAAGAGGAGGAGCAGGAGCAGCAUCGGCAGCAGAUAUCUGACGGUGCUGAGCUAGAGGAUUUAGAGUUGUCUCCUUUGGCGCAUCAGCAGCAUCAGCAUUAUCAUCAUCAUCAGCAGCAGCAGCAGCUACAGCUGCAGCAGCGAGGUUAUGGGCAGCAGGUUCGAGGUAGAGGUUUCUGCGGUGUAUCAGCAUCAUCAUCUGUUUCUUCAUUUGCAUUUUCUUAUAGAGGCAUAGCAGCAGGAGGCAGCAGCAGAGGUUUCUAUAGAGGGAGAGGUCAGUGGAGAUAUCGCAGAGGAAGUCAAGGAUAUAUAGGGGGGGGGCCCCCUAGGGGCCCCCUACGUGUGGGGGGGGGCCCCCGGGGCCCCCAGGAUAGGGGGGGGCCCCCGUAUGUUAGCUAUGAAGAGCAUGAAGGCAGUGUUGAAGCUGCUUUUGAGUGGGGAUCGCAUCCUAGAGCUCCUGAAGGUGAAAGAGAGCAUCUUAUUGUUGUAGACGGCAGUAAUGUGGCUAUAAGACAUGGAGACAGUCUCUGUGGGGAGAGAGGCAGCAACAGCAGCAGCAGCAGCAGCAGCAACAGCAACAAGAAAACCUUCUCUACUCAAGGUAUUCUUGCUGUGCUCAAUUAUUAUCAAGAGAGGGGCUAUAAAGUCAGAGUCUUUGUACCCGAAUAUCUUCUUUCUUAUACUUCUGUCUCUGCAGCAAGGAGACAGGAGAGAGCGCAGCUGCCUGUCAGCCAAGCAAGACUCCCUGACUCAGUAGAGACACUCAAACAGCUGCAGAGAGAAGGGGUUCUUAUCUCUACUCCUCCCCAAGACUAUGAUGAUUGCUAUUGUAUAAAGGUAAGCUAA